UGCCCCCGGUCCAUCGUUAUACCAACCAAGCCCCUCUGGCCAGUGCCCAGGAAAUAGACAAGCUGGCUGGACUGCUGCGGUCUUCAGGGCCCACCAGCCCUCCCUCUCUCUAUGGUUGGGUUUUUCCAGCUGGAGCCUCACUCUCUCUACCGCAAUCACUGGAAACCACCACUGUCUACCGCGGCUGCUCCUGCACAUCAUCUAUUUAUUUAUUUAUUUAUUUGUUUGUUUAUUCGCUUAUUUAUUUCCUUUUUUCUGUACCAGCGGACCCCUUUGAGUCAGAGAAAGAAACGCUGCAGUCAGGGAGAGGAAAACGGAGAGGAACCUGCAGUAGGGGAGGAGAGUUGGGGAGAGACAGAUUGUGCGUGAAGAGCCACCCUCUCCCAGAGCCAUGAGCGCUGCUAGACAGAAGGCUGAAAGAAGUGAUGGCAACGUGGGCAGGAGGGAACGAGAAACUGAGCUGCGGGACAGAGCCCACCUGAGCCAGGAGCGGAGGCUCAAACAGGCUACCCAGUUCAUCCACAAAGACUCUGCUGACCUACUUCCAUUGGACAGUCUCAAGAGGCUUGGCACCUCCAAGGAUCUGCAGCCACACAGCGUGAUCCAGCGUCGCCUGAUGGAGGGGAACCUGGACCAGUUUCUUGGGGAGUCCUCCUUGGUUAGGGGCCAAGUUCAUGGAGCAAAGAGCAGUCGGAAAACCAACAGAAAGGAGACUCCAGGUCUUCUUGUUCACUGCAAGUGCCGGGACCAGGUAUUAAGAGUGGCAGUGGAUACAGGUACUCAACACAACCAAAUCUCUGCUAGAUGCCUCAGUCGUCUUGGGCUAGGGGAGGGGGCCCUAAAAGCCCCAGGUGGGAAAAAGGCUUCUGGUCCCCUGACCCAUGUGGAGCAGCUGGAGCUUCAGUUAGGGCAAGAGACGGUGGCAUGCUCUGCUCAGGUGGUUGAUGACGAGAGUCCUGAAUUUUGCCUGGGACUGCAGACACUGAUAUCUCUCAAGUGCUGUAUUGACCUGGAGCAUGGUAUACUACGGCUGAGAUCUCCCUGCCCAGGGCUACCAUUCCUGCCCUUCCACCAGGAGCCUAGCCAGUGACAACAACCACAAUUUAUCCCCAGGAGAAAACACAAGGCCUUAGGGGAAGAGUCGUAGGCAGUGGAGGUGCUGCCCAUCACCCUGACCCUUGCUCAUAUGUUUUGUUUGCCCACAUGUAUUCUUUGCUUUUUCACCAACUUAUAUAUAAAAGGUUACAUCCUAAAUAAAUUGGAGGAGCACAGAAGUAAAUACUUUUAGCAACUAUGGAUUGGGGAAGAAUUCAUGACCAAAGGAUAGAAUCACAGAAGAUAAAAUGGACAAUCUUGAUUAUAUAAACUGAAAAAUUGUUAUACAAAUAAAAUUAACGCAUUUAAAAUUAGAAGGGAAAAGGUUAACUGAGAAAAAAUCU